AUGUCUUUAGAAAGUUUAGAGCCAGCACUAGUGUACACACUUCGAGCGAAUCACGGCGAGGUAUCGUGUAUCGACAUAAAGGGUUCCCUUCUGGCUACGGGCGGUGGCGACGGUGCGCUGCGGCUAUGGCAAUGGAGUCGGGGAGUUGGGUGGACCGAGGCGGGGGCUGUGUCACGCGCACACCGCUACGGCGUGACAGCAGCCCAGUGGGCGGCCAGCGGUGCGCUGCUGGCGAGUGCCGGCGUCGAUGGAGCGGCGAGAGUGUGGUCGCGCACUUUGACGGCCAGACGGGCACUGUUGGCGCCUGG